GAGCGCGGGACCCAGAAAGGGCCGAAGGAAGCCGGGGGGCUCGGCGAAGCUGCCGCUGCCAGAAGGGAGCGAGGGCCAGCCAAGCCGCCAGCAGCCCUGCCUCUGCCCACGCCUCCUCCUCCUCUCCCGCCCCGAGGGAGGGAUCCGGUGUCAGCCCUCGCGCCGGCAGUGCAGCUGGUCCCCGGAGGCCGAGGCAGGGGGCCAGCGGGGCUCCGGUUUCGGACCGGCCGUAUUAAUAGCCAGCCGCCGCCGCAGCCCACUCCACGCCAAAGUCCAGCCCAGCCGAAGGGAAGCAAUGGCCAAUUCUGAGCCCCAAGUGGAACUGGAUGAUGCCGAAAACUCAGCGCUGGCUGCUGGGGGUACAAACAUAUCUGUGGAGCUUGAUGGGGCUGAUGGUCUUGAGAUGUUAAACAUAGAGCCCAUCGAUGUGUCAUUCUCACAAGAUAUGGGAAUACUUGAUGGCCCAGUGGAGCUGCAGGCACCUGUAGCUGACCAGGAGUCAUAUGCUACAGAGCCUCAAACUAUGAGCAUCGAAGAACUUGGUGAACGUUUUCAGGAGUGCAUCGAGGCUGUCGAAGAACUGGAGAGGGAGAGGGAUCACCUUAUCCAGGAACUCAUGCUGCUGCGGGAACCAGCCCUGGAGGAAAUCAAGCAAGCUCACGAAGAAAUCCUUAAAGCCUACAGGUUGCAUUCCAAGGUUGAGCUCGAAAGGGACAGCUUGAGGGAUGAAGUUCGGCAAGUGAAACGGAAGCUGUUUAGGGUGACACGGGAAUGUGUGGCGUGCCAGUAUCAGCUGGAAACCAGGAGACACGACGUGGCGCAGUACGCCGUCUACCGGGAAGAACUGGAAAGCAGGGUCAGCCAGCUCUCUGAGGAACUGUCCCAGUUGAGAGAGACUUGUGAGAAAGAGAAGGAACAGUUCAGCCAGCUUUUGAACGUUCCUAGGCGCCGAAGGCACAGCUGCUAUCUGCAAGAGACCAGGAGGCUUUCCAUGGAGUUUGAGAGCUUUGUGGCAGAGAGUCGUCAGAGCCUAGAAGAACAGUAUGAGCCCAAGCUGAUGCGUCUCUUGGAACGCAGAGAAGCUAGCACCAGGGCUUUGCAAAAGACCCAGGGCGAGAUCCACAGACUGAAAGAAACUCUGCAACCGCUGAAGGGAGAAGUGAACAAACUAUGGCUGCAAAACAGGAGCCUGGAGGAACAGAUCCUACUCAUUAAGCAAAAACGGGAUGAAGAAAUUCUUCAGUACAAGGAGCAGGUAGAGGAGAUGGAAGAAAGGUUGCGAGAGCUGAAGAACGGAGUAAAACUUCAGCAGCACAAGAACAAAGAACUGGAGGAGUUGAAGACCAGCUUGCAUAAGGAGCUGUCUAUUUACAAAGACUGCUUAGAAAUAUAUGAACAACUCUGCAAGUCAGAAGCAAAGCAAGACAAAGACUGAAAUUUGCAGCCAUGGACUUAUUAUAUAUACACACACACCAGAAACACUUACAAAUGCAGUCUCAUUACUAAGAGCGACAGAAGCAAGCCUGAAUUCCAAUAGAAGCCAACAGUUGAUGGUUUGCAUCUUCUAUUAUCUUGAAAAGAGUUUCGAAUGAACUUUAGUUUGGUACUUUCACUAGAUGGUCAACUGAUAAGCAUUAUGCACAUUUUGAAGCUGAAGAUAGUACAAAGCCAGUGUUCCAGCAAGCAAUUCCCAAUACUGGGUUUCUUUUUAGGUAUAAACCACCUAACAGAAUUAGUUAUUCUUAGUUCUGUACAUGUCUGCCGGUAACUUUGACAUGUUACAGAAAAAGAGAUAGAAGUAAAACCUUAAUUAAAUUUUUAAAUACAAGAACA